UUCCCCUAAAACGUUUCAGUAAAUUUAACCCGUGAUGUUCGCACUCGCAAGAAGGCAGCAGUUCAUUCUUGACUCUGUUUUUCUUUAGGUUGUGCUGUUGCGCACAUAUUUAACGGAAGUGCGUUUGGUCGUUUUGGUCUUUACUAGUGGACAACAUGAAUCAUUAAUUUCGCUGAACGUCUAAAUGUCAAUCUAAAGGAGCCCGCAGGAGGUGAGGCGGAUUCCUCUGGUCACGCUCCCGCAAUUAUGGCGUCCGGAUAUGGGUACGAAUCGCGGACUAUAGGCAAAGAUGAUGUGAACUACAGGAUGCAUUUCCGUAUGAUCAACGAGCAGCAAGUGGAGGAUAUUACACUGGACUUUUUCUAUAAACCGCACACAAUAACACUGUUAACAUGCACAGUGCUCAGCUUGAUGUAUUUUGCAUUUACAAGGGAUGAGACAAACGAAGACGCCAACUUGUGGGUGGGCCUCAUCCUGGUCCUCUCCUUCUUCCUGGUCAUCAGUGUUCUGGCCUUCCCUAACGGACCAUUUACCAGACCACAUCCGGCGAUAUGGCGAAUAGUUUUCGGUCUGAGUGUGCUGUACUUCCUGUUCCUGGUGUUCAUCAUCUUCCUAAACUGGGAGCAGGUGAAGAACGUCAUGUACUGGCUGGACCCCAACCUGCGCUACGCCACCCGGGAGGCUGACAUCAUGGAGUAUGCAGUGAACUGUCACGUGAUCACCUGGGAGCGAAUCCUGAGCCACUUUGACAUAUUUGCCUUCAGUCACUUCUGGGGCUGGGGCAUGAAGGCCCUGCUCAUCCGCAGCUACGGCCUCUGUUGGACCAUCAGCAUCACCUGGGAGCUCACUGAGCUGUUCUUCAUGCACCUGCUGCCUAACUUUGCUGAGUGCUGGUGGGACCAGCUGAUCCUGGACAUCCUGUUGUGUAAUGGAGGAGGCAUCUGGAUGGGUAUGACUGUCUGUCGCUUCCUGGAGAUGAGGACCUACCACUGGGCCUCCAUCAAGGACAUCCACACCACGACAGGGAAGAUUAAACGUGCUGCGCUCCAGUUCACCCCAGCUAGCUGGACCUACGUCCGCUGGUUUGACCCCAAGUCUUCCCUGCAGCGCGUCACCGGGGUCUACCUCUUCAUGAUCAUCUGGCAGCUGACAGAGUUGAACACAUUCUUCCUGAAGCACAUAUUUGUUUUCCCGGCGUGCCACGCCCUCAGCUGGUGUCGGAUACUCUUCAUCGGCAUCAUCACAGCUCCCACCGUGAGGCAGUACUAUGCCUACCUCACAGACACACAGUGUAAGCGUGUUGGGACACAGUGCUGGGUGUUUGGGGCCAUAGCGUUCCUGGAGGCCUUGGCGUGUAUAAAGUUUGGAAUGGAGCUGUUCUCCAAGACCCAGGUCCUCUAUGUGCUGCUGUGGCUGGUGUGUGUGGCCUUAAUCACAUUCCUGUGUCUGUAUGGGAUGGUGUGGUAUGCAGAGAUCUACGGCCCCAAAGAGAAGAGCUACUCUGAAUGUGAGGACAGCAACUACAAUGAGGACUUUGUGUCAGAACAAAGGAAAGGAGAACUGCAUUCUGAGGGUGAGGCUCCUCCCACCAGGCAGCGUGGGCGGAGCUCAGGGAAGAACAAAUCCACCAAUGGGCUGGGGAAGAAGUAAUGCUAGCCCUGCCACCCAGGGUGGAGUCCCGCCCUCUUCUCCUGUCAGAACCCGGACCACAGAGGAAGAGGUGCAUGUUGGGAGAGAUGGAAGAGAAAGAAAGGAUAGACAACACUUUCCCUGUGCAUUUUAACAUACGGAGUAGCACCCAUCCAUAAGAGGGGAGAGUGGGCCCAGGUUAGGGGUCAGUGGACAGGAUAGACAGACACCAUGUCCAUGCAGGGUUAUAGAGGAAGGAGAGAGGGGGGGAGGGGGUGGCCGAUAGAUCAGAGAACCACACAGAUACCUACUGGUGGUUCACACGGUCAGAGCUCCUACCUACCCUACGGCUGAUCAGUUUGUGUGUCUGCGUAAGCAUGUGUGUGUGGUGGCAAUAUUGCUUCUCCUCAGUAAGAACCGAAGAAUGCAUGUUCCAUUGUACAGGAGUUGGUAAACUACUGUGAUUGGAGAGCUACAUUUAUCCUGUACCAUAUAUCUUUCAUGUGCUUCAGCCCAUAGAAUUAGAAUACUAGAAUGGAUAUGAACCUUCUUAUGAUGGUAUACAGGCUGUCGGCCAUUUUGGUCAGGGAGUUGCUCAACCAUGGUUAGCCAGUGCUGUGAUAAGAUAUUGUGUAAAAUAAUGAAUUUGGGGGAAUUUGUCUACAGUGUGUUUGUUAGCUAGCUAACCGGGCAGCUUUUAGAGGAACGAUUCAAUUCAUUUGUCCAAUUAACUGUCAAUAUGCCAACAUUCCAUUCCAACAAUCCAUUCACUGGCUGGUUGGACUUCGGCUAGUUGUAAAUGCAAUAAGUUAGCUACUGAUUAUUGUAUCAUAGUGGCACUCAGUUUUCCAAGAAAACAACAACAAUUUUGACAUUUAUAGUCUGUUUACAUAUAUUAUAGAGGCUAUAUCAAAAUGUGUAUAAACUGUAUAAACUGUAUUUAUAAUUAUGACUAUUUUAGAUUGACAUUAGACAUUUCUGAUAUCACAUGCCUUUUGUUUUCCUGUAGAAGUCAAAUCAGGAUUAUGCCUCUACUGCCAUUCAUUUCAGUUAGACUGGUUAGGAUUCCUCCCUGAACAAUAUGGCUUCCAUUAUUCACCCUAUCCUGGAAAUGUGAGGGUUUAUGACAAAGCCACCCCCCCCCCAUCAGACUACUGUAGGUAAAUGGAGCCCUAUUCUCUAUAUAGUGCACUAAGCUUGACCAGACCCCAGUCCAAUGUACUGCACUAAGAAGACAAUAGGGUGAAUUUGGGAAGCAGAGAUGAUGUAGCUGUGUAAUAUGACAGAAGUUGGACUCUCGUGUUGACUACUGUAGAGGAAGGCUGUUAUUCUCUGCUCCAACUCUUCAUCAUCAGUUGGUUCAUAUUUCUAAGUGUUCACCAUUUUUGCUUUGUUUUUAUGACUUGAAGAAAGAGAGGAAUGUGAACAGAGGCCAUAUGUAUCAAACAUCUGAGUAGGAGUGCUGAUCUAGGAUCAGUUCCCCCCCCCCCAGGUCCCAAUGUAAUCGUACUCAUUAUGCUCUAAAAUACUCAAACUGAUCCUAGAUCAGCACUCUACUGUCAGAGUAGAGAUGCUUGGUACAUAUGGCACCAGGAUUUUAAUGCAAAGCUGCUUUGGCAUGGAAGGACGGACGUUUGUGAUUGUUGUGUUUGACCUCCUGGGUCAGAGAAUUGUCGCUCCACCAGCUCCAUAUAAACCAUUGCCUUCCGCUGUUUUGGAGAUGCUGUACUUUUACUGUAAUGUUUUGUUUUGUGAAAUCAUCGUCAUGACCUUUGUGUGAUUUAUUAUGUGACGUCCCAGAUGGCACCCUAUUCCCUCUAUAGUGCACUACCUUUGACCAGAGUCCUCUGGGCCCUGGUUCAAAAGUAGUGCACUAUAAAGGGAUUUUUGAUGCCAUUUAGGAUGCAGCCUUCCUCUCCCUUCACAUCUGGGCUGCUGUGUUUUUCCAGUAAACGACGAGGCCAGUCGUUCAUAGUUGGAGCUUGGUCUGUCUGUGCAGGCAGGUAGCUUUGUUUCCCUACGAUGUGGAUGUUCUCUCCUUCAUGGCAUUUUGCAUGGCUAAGUGUGGAAAUGGAGUGUCUCGGGAGGACCUGGGGGAGGCUACAGAUUUACUACAGUAGUAGUGACAAUAUGGUCUUUGCGUCAGUGUCGCACCACAUCAGUAAGCCAGUAUUCACACCAUGUCUUUUUUCAGUGUUGCUGUGAACAUUUUUAAUUCAAUGCCCUUGUGCCUGUAUGUAUGUGUGUGUGUGUGUGUGUGUGUGUGUAGUUUUGUUCUUUUUAACACUGUUUUGCAGUUUGUAUUCAGCCUUCUACAUUUCUCCUUGAGUCUUUAUUCCAGUGUUCUAUUGAUGGUUAUAAACUGGGUGGUUCGAGCCCUGAAUGCUGAUUGGCUGACAGCCGUGGUAUAUCAGACCAUAUACCACAGGUAUGACAAGACAUUUAUUUUUACUGCUCUAAUUAUGUUGGUAACCAGUUCAUAAUAGCAAUAAGGCACCUCGGGGGUUUGUGGUAUAUGGCCAAUAUACCAUGGCUAAGGGCCGUGUUGCGUCAUGCCUAAACAGCCCUUAGCCGUGGUAUAUUAGCCUUAUACCACACCCCCUCGUGCUGUAUUGCUCAAGUAAAGGUUUGUCAGUCACUGGACCUGGGUGAUACUCUGAGAAUGCAUCCAUCCUCCCCCUCGGGCCUUAUUGCUCAAGUAAAGGUUUGUCAGUCACUGGACCUGGGUGAUACUCUGAGAAUGCAUCCAUCCUCCCCCUCGGGCCUUAUUGCUCAAGUAAAGGUUUGUCAGUCACUGGGCCUGGGUGAUACUCUGAGAAUGCAUCCAUCCUCCCCCUCGGAGUAAAACGCUGUUCUGACAUAACUGUCUUUCUAGGCUACUUUUUUAUACAAAAUUGCGUAUAAUUCCUGAGAAAUGUGGUUUGACGAAUGGAGUUUAGCAAUUUCACUCGAGCUAUUAUCACCCAUCCAGUUGUCAGAUAAGUGAAUAUUUUGAGGGUGGGUAGAAGGGAGAGUAGGAGGGUGGGUAGGAGGGUGCAUUUUAUUAGUAUUCAACCAUAGCCAUCAUCUCAAAUAUUUUUCUCAUGUGAAAAUCAGACACUGACACUCAUCCCCAGGUAGCAUGGACCAGACUCCCUGGCUGUAUAGAAUAUGGCGUAUUGUUUCUGGAAUGAAGAUGCCAUUUUGCCAAAACAAUCCCUCUCGAAAAGGAGACUUGUGUGUUUUAUUUGUUUUUUCACUCUGAAUUGAAUAAAACUUUAUUAAAAAUG